AUGGAUCGCUUCGAUGAGGCUGCUAGCAAGCAUGUCCAGGACCACAUGCUCUUGCAACAAGGUCUUCCCAAUACGGGCGAUGAGGAACGCCAAGGUCUACCCAUCUCCAACGACCUCUUGCAAAAAAUACCCGCUGAGAUCUAUGCGCUCAUAUUCGAGUUCCGCGUGUCUAUGGACGCGUUGUCCUCGUACAACUUCUUUUUCGACGACACGACGAAAGCGCCAUGGGUUUUGGGCCAAGUAUGCACCAGGUGGCGUAACAUUGUCCACGAUGCCCCUGCGCUUUGGACCAUAGUGCGCGUAUCUACGUGCCUUCUUCAAGAAUGUCCGCAACCUGAGGAGAGUAUUGUCGAAAUGCUGAAGUGCUACCUUGGGCGAUCAAGGGCUCUGCCCAUCUCGCUCUUCCUCCUCAGUGAGGAAUACUUCCCAGAACCCAUCCUCAAACCUCUCCUAGACUGCUCCGAUCGCUGGCGCGACGUCUUCCUAUUCCUCCAUCCCGACCACCUCCCGCGAUUCUUACCCAUACGUGAUCGCCUGCACCAGCUCCGCACCAUGUCCCUGAUCCCGACGGUGCCCAAUAACACCACAGACUACAUGCGCGAUAUGUUUCAAUCCGCGCCGAGCCUCGAGUCCCUCGCGCUCAACGGACACUCCCUCGAACUCGGGCUGUCCUUCCCAUGGGCGCAGAUCCGCAUCUUCGAGGCCAACUACGUCGACCCUGCAGACAUCCUGCGCAUCAUGCCCUGCAUGCCCCGCAUGCUACGCCUCCAGCUCGGCCGCGAGCCACCCGAGCACAUGGCAGAGGAUACCACCAACUGGGUCGUGCGGCACGACGGCAUCCGCUCCUUCUCACUCGACAGCGUCGAUGAGCACAUCGAGGGCCACCCGGCCGACCUCAUCGAUCACCUCGACCUCCCCGCUAUGUCGAGCCUGAGCAUCCAGUGCGACCGGCCGGAGAAUAUGGAGGCGAUCAGCGAGCUGCUGCAGCGCUCGGCGUGCACCAUCCGAGAGCUCAAGCUUGACAUCCGCUUCGACAACGCGGACCGUCUGCUGCGCCUCCUGCGCACCCAGCCGCGUCUCGCGCAGGUCCAGAAGCUUGCUCUGCACGAUGGAGAGCCCAUUGGCGGCCUCGGGUUCACCACCGCGCUGAGCGUGGCAAGCGACGACCCCGCGAGCGCGAUCAUGCCCAUGAUGGAUGAGAUGGAUAUCCUGCUGAGCACGGACGAGCCUGGAUCGUUCGUACAACGAUGGCUAGGUGUCUUCGAGUCGCGCGUGAACCCCGCUCAGCCGGCCGAUCCUCAGUUGCCGCGCGUGCAGUCCCUGAAGCGCAUCACCAUCGGGUGCAGGUCUGGCUCUGGAGUCGUGGACGAUUCCACCUGCAUGAAUCGCUUUAGGGCUCUUGUGCAAGCAGGCGUCCUGCUUGAGCUCAAUUGCGGGGUGGGUGUUGAGGACUGA